GCAAGAAGACGCGUUUGAGGGGAGCUCCAUGGAAAUGUGUGAGCGGAAUCCGUUAAAUCCCGGCUACGUUGGUUCUCUGCUGAAUUUCGCUCCACCUGAUUCGCUUUAUUUCUCCAACUUGCGGGGCAAUGGAGCCCACAUACCCGGGCUGCAUCAGCUCCCGUACAAUAGGAGAGAGGUGUGCACGCUCCCGUGGACUUCCUCAAGUUCGUGCACGUCCAGAGGAGCACAGCCACCACCAGCAGCAGCAGCAGCAGCAGCAGCAGCAGCCGCACAGAGCCGCGCCUUCGGGGGCUACUGUCCGCCGUUUCUGUCCAGCUCCGUGUCUCUGAACUCCUCCGGCGGCCACAUCAGGGCGCAUUUGGAGGAGCCCCUUCGGUGCUUCCAGGACGCGGGCCACAAGGCGCAGGAGGCUGCGAGGAGAGAUGAGGUUUACACCGGGGAGCACGGGGCGCUGAGUGACGGCGGAUACUCGGAUGUGCACGGCCGGCCUCACGGUGCUGCGGCCCAGACAGAUGCGGAGUCAGCAGGCCCGUUAAAUGUGAACGGCACCAAGCAGGAGCACGACCCUCUGCAGCCUCCAGCGAGUAACGCAUGCUCCAGGACGAGUUUUACUGAAGGUGCCCCGUGGUGCUCGUCUCAAGUGAAAAUCCGCAAGAAGAGGAAGCCUUACUCGAAGGCACAGCUGGCUGAACUUGAGAAUGAAUUCAUGAUGAACGAGUUCAUAAACAGACAGAAGCGCAAGGAGCUGUCAAACAGAUUGGACCUGAGCGACCAGCAAGUGAAAAUAUGGUUUCAGAACCGCAGGAUGAAGAAGAAGCGGCUCCUGAUGCGCGACCAGGCUUUCUCCGUGUACUGAUGCGAUGACCUUUGGACUUGAUCGUGACCAGCAGCGCACAGAAUAUGUUGUGUUGUGUGUGUAGGGUAUGAAUGUUGCAGCACAUCACGAGCCCUCUCGGGUUUAAGGCAUUGACGUGUAUUUAUAAAUAUGUAAAGUGUUUACAGUCAAAUCACAAAAUGGUCUAUACAGUUGUAUCAAUGAUCACACAAGGAGGGCCAGGAAGAUUAAUAGUAGCCUAAUUUAAGAAUUGAUUACGGAUUAGAUUUUACGCAGUGCUCGUCCCUGACUGGGAUUCUCCAAAUGCGCAGGAGGCCUCCUGAUGGGCCGUGGUGCGUUUUAAAUAAACCUGUGAGACUAAUUAUUUCUCAUCCAACACAAGCGUCCCUCCAGUUUAAACAGGAUUAUAGUCCAGUCUGUCUUUGUGUAUUUUUAUAAGAUGGCCUGCGCAUGAAGUGUAGGCCCAAACAGUCAAGUUCAUGUUUACCGACGGAUAAACAUCGUAAACAAAAAAGUCAGUAUUUCAAAUGUAUUAUAGCUGCAUGCCUCCCCCCUCCCUCCAGUUUAUUGUGAGUCUGUUAAAAUAAGCAACGUUACAUUUUGUUCCAUGUGUGACCGCGUCCACAUUCAAGGUCGCUGUGUGGAGGAGAAACAAUGCGCCGCAUUCAGUGGUGGAAAGUGUUUUCCUUUUAAAUGUCUGUAAAACAACGCGAGUUUGUGGAUGUGAAACGUUCAGGAUUGUUUUCCACAUUUUCCACUGUGCUGAAGUAAGAUUUCAUUUUCAUUUUCAAACCUGGUUUUUGUGUCGCUACAAACAAACAUGGUUGUACAGUCCCACAUGAGAUUGCAUUGGAAUCACUCUUGCUUUGAACCUCUGUCCUUUAUAACUAUACUUGAUUAAUAUUAAAUAAAGAUAUUUAAACUUCG